GAAGGGCUAUCUUUCUAGAAAAGGAAACAAAAAAAAAGCACGGGUGACUAAGGUGGAGCGGCGUAUCUAUCAAUUGUGAUCGUAUACCUUUUAGUAGUAGACUGAGCUCAUGCAUCCACAGAGCUCUCUCUAUCGACGUCGAGACGCCGCUGUUGGAGGGGAUCGAAUGAGUGCUGCUCAAACUACUUCUGAAAAGGAAGAAGAACACCAGAUACAUCGACGGAAUGCGACCGCAAGAACAACCCAAAGCUACGAACAGGAAAACGAUGAACUCGUUAAGGCCUUGCUCGCUGAUGUGAAGCGGACAAAAUCAACCCUCAUGAAGAUAGGUGGUGAGGUUCAACGACAAAACUCCAUACUCGAUACGAUGGGAAAGACCUUUGGUGAUGCGAAGAUUUCACUAGGUAGAACUAUCAAAAGUCUGAGUAAGAUAGGCUGGUCGAGCUUUUCUCACAUCUGGGUACUGUUUCUAUUCGUUGUCGUGUUUUUCCUUAUCAUGUAUGUUUUGCUAAAAAUCAGGAAAUAA